GCUGUUCCGGAUUAGACGCCUCCCUCCCUCCGCCCCUCUGAUCCUCUUAUCAGCGAGUAAGCGGCCAAGAUGGAUGUUGUAAACCAGCUGGUGGCCCAAGGGCAGUUCACCAUAAUCAAACAACCACUGGGAUUUAUAAAAGUUCUACAGUGGAUCUUUGCAAUCUUCGCCUUCUCAACAUGUGGCAGCUACUCGGGCAUGUUCAAGCUGAGCGUGGAGUGUAAAAACCGAUCAUACAGUGAUCUAGGCAUAGAAGUAGAAUUUGAAUAUCCGUUCAGGCUCCAUCAGGUUUACUUUGAUGCCCCCACCUGUAAGGAAGAGAAACGGGACCGUCUGUUCCUGAUCGGGGACUACUCCUCUUCAGCUGAGUUCUUCGUCACCAUCGGGGUAUUUUCCUUCCUCUACUCCAUGGCAGCCCUCUCUGUGUACUGUUUCAUCCUGGAGAAGUACCGCGAAAACAACAAGGGGGCCCAGAUUGACUUCGGUGUGACGGCAGUGUUUGCCUUCAUGUGGCUUGUGUCUUCGUGUGCUUGGGCUAAAGGCCUAUCAGAUGUGAAAACAGCCACUGAUCCAGAAGAGGUAAUCUCUCUCAUCCCAGCCUGUGAAGAGCGAGAAAAUCUCUGCCGUGAGAUCUAUGACCCCAAGGUGUCCGGCCUCAACACCUCUGUGGCUUUUGGCUUCAUCAACCUGAUCCUGUGGAUUGGAAACCUGUGGUUCGUCUUCAAAGAGACCGGCUGGUUGGCUGCAUUCGGUGGAACAUAUGUCCCAUCACAGGAGAAGCAGCCUGCUCCUGAUUCCUUCGGUCAAGGAGGCUACGGACAGCAGGACCCCUAUGCCGGCUCCCAGGGUGGGUACCAGCCCGACUACGGCCAGCAGGGAGGCUACAAUGAGGACGGAGGUUACAACCAGGGCUAUGAGCAGCAGCCCACCUCCUACUCUAAUCAAAUGUGAGCCUUCCCAGCCAAACUACAGCUGCAGGAUGGGUGAGCUUGUGAUUCUGGAGCGCAGUUCUUGACCACCACCUGCGUUUUCCUCGCUCCUCUGUUUGUCUGUUUGUGUAUCUGUGAUUCGACAGGUGGAGGGAAGGG